CUUCACCUUCCGUCGUAGUUCCCCGACAAGCUAACUACUGUUGAGCCCCGCCGCAUCCGAAGCCGACUUUUCAAAUCGUCGAGCUUCAACAAUGACGUCUCUUCUCCUUCCUUCAUCUCAAUUUCUCCAGACUCGAACCCAAAACAAUGGCCAACCAUUCCUUCUCCCUCUAACACCACUGUUCGCACCACUACCUUCUCUCCGUCAGUUGAGACCGAAACACAUCUCUAUUUCCGCCGCAGCGCCGAAGAAAAAAUCGGAGACUGUCACGGCGCCGACACCGGCAGCGAAGAAGAAUUCGAGCGUGGAGGAGGAAACAGAAGAGGAAGUAGAGGAAGAUAUGCCGUGGAUUCAAGAGAAGGCGUUAGACCUAGUCGAGUUCACUGGAUCGGUGAGUCAGGCGAUUCCUGGUCCUCGAGUUGGAAGUAGCAAAUUGCCGUGGAUGCUCGCCGUUCCGUUAGCUUACGCCGGCGUCACUUUCGUCACUGCUUUCGUCAAAACCGUUCAGAAGUUCUCUUCUCCUAAAGCUCAGCGCAAGAAACUGGUGAAUCAGAAUGCUAUGCUUUGCAGAUCUAUAGAUGAGCUAUUAAGGAAAGCUGGAACAGUGCAUAGCUCUGAGCUUAAGGCACUUGAACAAAAGACAGAGUUUAACAUGGAGGAGAUAUUGCGGAAAUACAUUCGUUAUGCGUUGAAUGAGAAACCGUUUAAUCCCGACCUUGUUGCUGAUCUCAUUCAUCUAAGAAAAGCUUCUGGUUUGAAUGAUUCUCAGAUUCCUGAGAUUUUAAAUGAGAUCUCUCGUCGUAUUGUCAAGGAAAAAGGUCCGGUAGUGAUGAAAAUGCAAGGCUUUACCGAAAAAGGAUUCAAGAGAAAACUCGCCGUGCAAGCGCUUUUUGGAAAGAUUUACUAUCUUUCUGAGCUUCCUGACUUCUGCUCAAAAGACAACUCCUUAAUCGUCAAGGAAAUAUUCGGCGUUACAGAUGAAGACGCAGAGAAGCUGCGGAUACACGCUCUUGCUGAAGCUGGAGACAUAGAGGCACUUGAGAAAAUGGUGGAAUUUGAGAAAACUGCGGAGUCUUCUUCGGAUAAAGAAGAAGAUUCAAAUGAAGAAGAUGACUCUAACACCACUUCCUAAGAUGUUUGUUCAACGACCAACUUUCAACAGUAGAUUCUUUCCAAAGGGGGUUUUCUUCUUCUGUUCUUUGACUUAUACCCCAAGUUGUGUUGUUUACAGCAGAAGACGUCUGAUUCCAACAGAAAUUGUCUUUUGCAAAAAACCAUGACACAGCUCGUAAUACAAAUUAACUGCAUCUAUAGUGCAGCACAGCAAUACAAGUUGGGGCUUAUAUUCAUAGAAAUAAUAUUGUCUUUGCUAAAUCUAAACUCAUACAGAUAUAAAGGGAAAAAUAAAAGACUCGAGAUACUUUAGCUUAUAUUU